UUGAUGCUUUCACUGGCACGUGACUCCCUAUUGUAGUUGCAGUGAUACUGACACUUCUCUAUACAUUUUUAUUAAUCAUAUUCAUAUUUUUGCACAUUAUCCCUAUAUAAUAUAUUUAGUGUAACAUUAGUGCUGCUUAUAUCAGAGUUAUAGGUUCCCUAUUCUUUAGCCAUUACUGAUAAUGGAUGGCAGGUCUGGAAACUCUGGUCAAUGCCAAAGGGGCUGCUGUAAGCUGCUUUAUAUUGGGUCUGAGGGGAGUUUGAACCUUUGUGUAAUUGAAUACUAGUCCAGACAUGGGCAGCUGGGUAAUGAUUGGAAGAAAGGGAAUGCAUUAUGGCAGCACUUCUGGGGCAAUAUAAUAAUAGUCACAAAGUUUGUACCAGGUCUAGUAUCACAUGGCAGCCAAUCAGAUGCUUGAUUUCCAAUGAUAUCCCAUGAUGCAGUUAGCUGCACAGCUACAGAUCCCUGCCUGUUGCCUGCUCUCUCUCUGUAAGUACAUUUUCCUGCAUCAUUAAGCAGUUUCCAUGAGAUGUUUUUAAUGCCAUGUUCUUUUCUUUUACAGGAGAAAAGGUGAUGGGUUGCUGUCAAACAAUUUCAUCUAAAUCCAAGGUAAAGGGAUUCUCUUCUCUUUUUCAAUAUAUACAUGUAAGAGAAUGCCCAUGCCCACCAUCUUAAUGCCCAUAAUGGCACAGGGCAAAGUGUGCACUAUUCACAUCUGGGCAUAAAACUUUCACUUAGGUUAUAGCAUAGCUUGUGUUUAGUUGCAAACACAACAUUUUACUGGGCAAAAAUUAACAUGGUCACUUGAUGGUCACACAGAUUUUUUUUGUACUCCGCACAUUGCCCACAUAUAUAAAUGAGCCCUUGUCUGUUUGUUUAAUAUUCUGCCUGUCAUUUAAUAUUCUGCUUGUCUUCACCUUUACAGAACUAUUCCGAUUUUGAACCUAUAUUUGUGAAGAUUCAUGAAAUAACUGAUGUGCUGGAGCCUCCGGUGGAGUUCAUUGCCACUGUAGAGAUGCCCGACCACCCGGUGCCAUUAAUGGAUUCUCCUGAAGUGAUUGAGCCUCCUGAUGUUGGAAUGUCUCACACUGUUGGACAAAUGAUCCUAGAACAGGAGGAGGGUGGAUUUGAGCCAGAAGAGGACACGGUGGCAAACUUCACUGUCACCUCCUUUAGUGUCCCCUCAGCUUGUGAAGAAGCUUCCAAUGGCUCGGAGUCAGUCACUGAGCUACUAGGCGCAGAAGGACCCUCUGAUAGCGCCAUGCCCAGAUCUCUGGAAAACUUCAAUCUGGGAAAAGUAUUGGGUGAAGGCACCUUUGGAAAGGUGUUCCUGGCAGAGUACAAGGACACAAAACAACUGUGUGCCAUAAAGACCCUCAAGAAAGAGAGGAUUAUUGCCAAGAAUGAUAUCAAGAGUGUAUUCAAGGAGAAGCGAAUCCUUCAGAAGGUUACCAGCGCAGAGCACCCAUUCCUGGUUUCCUUAUACGCCACAUUCCAGAGUGAGAAUCACCUCUUUUUUGUAAUGGAAUAUCUUCCUGGAGGUGAUCUGUGCCAUCUGCUCGAGCAUCAAGGAGCAUUUGAGGAAUCAAAAGCCAUGUUUUACACUGCCUGUAUAGUGCUCGGCCUGGAGGAAUUGCACCGGAACAAUAUUGUUCAUAGAGAUCUGAAACUGGAAAAUCUAAUGGUGGAUGUACAUGGCUAUCUGAAAAUUGUGGAUUUCGGCCUGAGCAAAGAUGGUUUCAGAUAUGGAGAUCGCAGUAAGACCCGGUGCGGAACAAACUGCUACAUGGCCCCAGAGAUCAUUGAUGAGAUGGCAUACAGCAGGGCCGUUGACUGGUGGGCCCUUGGGGUUGUGUUAUAUGUCAUGAUCAUGUUCCAGUUCCCAUUUGAUGCAGAAGAUGACAUGGAAUUAUUUGAGAGCAUCAGGAUUGACAAACCUGCCCUGACAGAGGAAUUGUCAGAGGAAGCUCAGUGCCUAAUACUAAGAGUAAGUGGAUGAUGAUUUGGCUGUGGGACUGGGAUGGGGCCUGAUGGUUCUGUCAAUUUAACAAUGUUUUUACAUUUCUUGUAGUUACUGGAGAAGAAUCCAUGUGAUCGCCUCGGAUCCAGCGAGGCCGGUGCUGAAGAGGUUAAAGCCCAUGAAUUCUUUGAAGUAAGUUUAUAUUGUAAUUAUUGUGCAUCAAGCCAGGAAUACAGUAGGAUCUCUAAUGAGCACAGCCCUUUAUACCUCCUGUAUCUGUCAGUGUUUGUAUGUAAUCUGUAUGUUUCAUGUGUGUAGUUAUUUAAUAUCACCUAUUUUACAGGAUAUUGAUUGGGAAGAAUUUCUUGAAAGAGAACUGAUGCCUCCAUUUAAACCAGAUGUCAGUGGCCUUACAGAGAGUACCAGGCAAUCUGAAUGCCAAGCCUGGGGAUUAAUGCCACCAGCUGAAGCGAUAUCACCAGAGGCACAAGAGCUAUUUGAAGGAUUUGACUAUUCAGCUGGGUGAGAGGCAAUUGAAGGGGCAGAUAUAUGGCUGGAAAGGGCGGGUGGUGGGCCAGUCCAUAUACAAAUCAGAAGCCUCAAUGACUUAAAGUUAAUAUUAGAUGCCCCAAGUCAUCAGUUUCUGAAGGAACAGUCUAAUGGCAGCACCAAAGUAUCUGUACGUCAGUCUUAAGGGGCAGAGUUCUGGACUGAGAUUCAAAAGAGACCCUGGCAUUUCAAGUACAGAGAUCCGAACAGCCCCUUGUGGCAUUUGCCAGAAUCUACAGAUUGCCACUCUGGGCCUGCCCCAGAUACACAUGAGAAGCCUCAUUGGUACAAAAUGGAUAUCAGAUCCCCCGACAUCAAGUUGUGGAGGAACAGCCUAAUGGUGGAACAACAGUACCUGCAGGUGAGCCCACGUUCUUACAGAUAAACCCUUUAUAAGUUCAGUUACUAAAAGCCAUUAGUAAAUGUUAUGUACGUAUUAAAUAAAAAAAAAUAAUUGCACCAUUUUAAAAGUUUCAAAUGUUUCCACAGCAAAACUUGCAGAUUACUACACAAAUGUCUCCAUCUGCAUCAGCCAAAAAAGGUCUAGCACCAAGGUAAGAACCAACUCUUUCAUUUCACACCCAAUAUUUCAAGUCAAAAUGUAUUUUCAUAUUGGACCAACUUGUAUCUCAGGUUUAAUGGGCGUUUAGAUGAAAUUGCUGCUGUGUUUCUGUUUCUCAGGAGUGAGAUGGAGGCGACUGCGGUCAAAGGAAAUCUCAUCGAGUUCUCCCCUGCGCUCUCCUAGGAACCCAGGACAGGAAGGAGCUGCUCUCAUAUAUUUCAAGUUUUUCAAAAUACAUUUUCUAUUAGAUCAACCUGGGUUAUAAUUAAAGGGGAACUACUGUGAAAAUGGAAAUUUAAUAUAAGCUUUAUUUAUGGAAAUUACCAAGUUACUCUUCACUCUCUCUUUCUCUGCAAUCUGCCUCUCUAUAGGAAAACUUUGUGCCAGUUAUUUUGAUAGACUGCUCUGAUACAUUGUCUAGGCAAAGGGCGCAUGUACCAUGAGGUAUUAGAGCUAAAUGCCCAUCAAACUCUGACUCUGACUCCUGCAUGGAAAGAGACAGAUUGCUGAGAGGUGGAUAGAGAAGAGGAAUUUGAUUUUUUAGAAACUGUGACUGAUUUUAUUGAUUAUACUUAUACAGUUUCUUAUUACAAGGAGUUAAAGCUGAUAUUACAUUUUCACAGUAGUUCCCCUUAGUGACCAUUUAUAUCUAAUUAUUUCUGUUUAUUUUCCAGGUAUGAGAUGGAACGGCUGAGCUCUCUGAGGAACCUCGGCCAGGAAGAAGCCAUUGCUGCCGAGCUCCACCAGGCGUCUCAUCUGCAACCCAAUCCAGAAAUGGGGAGAAAUGACAGGAUGAGCUGAAGAGCCAUGCCACCGGAUAAAAAUGAGGGUCUGCCAUUUCUGGGCAAUUCUGCAUUCAAAAGUUAUGGUUUAUGGUGGCCGCCCCUAUCCUGAUGGACCUGGCUAAAUGCCACUUUUGCCUAGUUAUUAAGCCUAACUUUAUGUAUGACACUAGAAGAACAAUGUAAAUAUAUGAAAAUAAAACAUGCUAUUUUUGAA